AGUUGGCAAGAAUUUUCCCCAACGUUUUUGGAUCCUUCUUUCAUCUACCAUUUUUCUUUCAUGCAUUGUAGUUCAUGAAAAUGAUUUUACAUUGAAAAUUUGAUUUUUGAUAAGUUGGAUACCAACCUUAGCAUGACGAGGAUUUGUUGGUGCUAUACUGUGGCUCCAUAAAGUUGUUAAUGUCCAUCUAGGCAUCGUUUUAAAUCGUGGUCCGCAGCCACAAUUCCAGACUCAAUGCUGUAUUUGAAAGUCUAUUAAUUUAUUUUAUAAAAAUGGCUGCUCCAAAAGUGAACGAAAAGUUGCUUGAAGACCUUGAAGUAAUGGGAUUUCCAAAGGCACGAGCAACCAGAGCACUUCAUUAUUCUGGCAAUACCAGCUUAGAGGAUGCUAUAAAUUGGAUCAUUGAUCAUGAGAAUGACAUUGAUAUUGAUGAGAUGCCAUUGGUAGAUGUAGACAUUGAUAUAGAGUCCACUGAAUCAUUCCCUAUCACAGAAGAAAUGAGAAUGAAAGCACAGAGUUUAAGGGUACAAGAGCGCAAAAGGAAAGAGGAGGAAGAGAAAAGAUUGGAGAGAGAACGGGAGAAGGAGAGGAUUCAAGCUGGUAAGAGACUCCUUGAGGCUAAGCGAAUUGCGGAAGAAAAUGAAAGAAAACGGAAUCUAGCAUUGAAAAAAGCAGAAAAAGAAGAAGAGAAAAGAGCUAGAGAAAAAGUUCUCAAGAAACUAGAGCAGGAUAAGUUAAAUAGAAGGUAUAAACAAGGAUUGCCUUUAGAAGGCCAAGCAGCUGUGAGAUCUUCUGCUAUUGAAAUAGAACAAGAAAAGAAGUCAAAGUCUGUUUAUAAUACAACAGCAAAAGCUGAACAGUUAAGAGAAUGUCUGAGGAAUCUCAAGCGUAACCAUCAGGGUGAGGAUGCCAGAGUCAGAAGGGCCUUUCAAACAAUUUUAGUCUAUGUUGGAAAUGUUGCCAAGAAUCCCAAGGAGGACAAGUACAGGAAAAUUCGACUGAAUAACCCAUUAUUCCAGGAUAGAGUUGGAAGUUUAAAUGGAGGUGUAGAGUUUCUUGAGCUGUGUGGUUUUGAGAGAACGGGUGACUUCUUGUAUCUUCCUGAUGAAAAGGUUGACAUGGCACUGUUAAAUUCAGCUGGUUUGGUCCUAAAUUCUGCAAUGACAAAUCCUUUCUUUGGAGUUUUAAGUUCUACUCACAAUUGAGUUUCAGCAACCAUAGUCUACAAUUAGUUUGGAAAGUGGAUAGGCCAAGGCAAAAACAUUUAUAUAUUGUUAAAUUAAAUGUUAAGCAUGGGAAGGAAUGUAACUUAUAUUAUAGAUUUAACAUAACAAUUUUUUUUUAUUGUUGUAGGUCUCGAAUAUUUAAAAUAUACUCUCUUUUUUUUUUUA